GUUAAAUUAUUGUCUCAAUUUCUUUAUCGCUUUCGUUUGUGUGGGAUUGUGGUGCUCGAAAUUCCCAACAAAUGGUAUCAGAGCUAUUGGUAGAGCUCCUAGUGUUGUGACAAAAUGCAAACUGAAGCCAUGAAGUAUUCAAUUGAGCUAUUUGAUGGCAAGAAUGACUUUGCUCUAUGGCAAAGCACUGUGAAGGAUGUCCUUACUUGUCAAGGACUUGAUGCAGCUUUAGAAGAGACCAAGCCAGCUGAGAUGAAGGAUAGUGAUUGGACACUCUCAGGGAAGAUCCAAUGGACGUGGAGGUGGAGGAAAUCAAGGUCGAAAUCUAGACCUAAGAAGGAUUAUGGUGAAGUGCAGUGUUUUUAUUGUGGUGAAUUGGGUCACAAACAAUAUAAAUACCCAAAGUUUAAGGAGGACUUUUCUAAUAUGAAAAUAUUGAUGAAAAGUCAAGAAACCAAGGGCAAGGGAAAGGCUAAUAUUGUUGAAGAAAAUAUGGUUGAAGUAUUAGCUUGUGAAGAGUGUGAUCCUGAGCUUGGCAAAAGAACAAUGGCUACCGGCGAGAAGGUGAAUAUUGAAGGCAUAGGAGAUGUUUGUCUCAAUGUUCACAAUGGGAGAGCCAAGAUUCUCAAGAAUGUGAGAUAUGUGCCCAAGUGUUCAAGCAACAUUAUUGCUUUGAGUGAGUUGACAACACGAGAGUGCAAGUAUGUCGGAAAACAAGAAUGGUGCAAGGUCUACAAAGGUGGAAGACUUGUCUUGCGUGGGAGGAAGAACAAGCACAACAUCUAUGUGCUUGAGCAACAUCCUGAGAGAAGGCUCAACAAAACCAUGAGGAAGAUGGUGUGGAAGCCUAAAGGGAUGUUGGUAAAUGGUAAGGAAAUUAAUAUGACCAAGAAGAAGGUGAGCUUCAACAAUGAAGUGGUGUUUGGUGAUGGUUCAAGGAGGUGUGAUUUUCCCUCGGAUCAUAUCUUGGUUCAAAAUUAAUUUCUGUAGCGCAUCUAGUGUAGGUUUGUCCUAUCCUAUACUAGGAGGAAACUCUCAAAAAUAGAACACCAUGAUGAAGUGUUCCUGAGCAUAGGGAGCAAAAUUAUGGAAUGUUGAAGUGUAUGGACUCAUGGUUGGUUUCUCCUCCCAUAGGGUUGGAGGGGGAGAUUGUUGGAAGAAAGUCCAACCCCAGGU